AUGCCGCCUCUGGGAUUUGGUGCAGUUCUGGCAAAAGCGGCGGCGGCGGGAGAGGAAGACGGUGAUGGAGGAGAAGAGAGGACGAAAAUAUUUCUUUUGGCUUUGCUAGUAUUACUUUGUACAACUCAUCAUGUUGUUGGCGCCGAAGAUGAUUUGAAUGUCAAUAUAACAAUACUUGAAAGUGCAACUGCUCAAGGCGCAGUAUGCCUGGAUGGAAGUCCACCAGCAUAUCAUCUUCACAGAGGACAUGGUACCGGACUUGACAAUUGGAUUAUCUACUUGGAUGGUGGUGGUUGGUGCGAGAGUAUCCCAGAAUGUCUUUAUCGUACAACUACGUACCUAGGUUCUACCAGGAAGAUGGGUCAACAAGGUUUUUUCUCCGGAAUACUUCAUAAUACUUCCAAAGAAAAUCCAGAGUUUCACAAUUGGAACAGGGUGAGGGUGAAGUAUUGUGAUGGUUCCUCUUUCACCGGUGAUGUUGAACAAGUUAACCCCGAGAACAAGUUAUAUUUUAGAGGGGCUAGAAUAUUUAAGGCUAUUAUGGAAGAUUUAAGGAGCAAAGGAAUGAAAAAUGCAGAAAAUGCCAUUCUCUCAGGAACAUCAGCAGGCGGAUUGGCAACCAUUUUGAACUGUGACAAAUUCAAAUGCAUACUUCCGGAGAAUGCAAGAGUUAAGUGUGUCGCAGACGCUAGUUUCUUCAUCAAUGGGAAGUCAAUCUAUGGUACUUCAUAUACUCAAGAGAUGUAUCACAACAUUGUUAACCUACAUGAAUCGGCUAAGAAUUUGCCGCUUGCUUGCACGUCCGCAAUGGAACCAAGUUUGUGCUUUUUUCCCGAGAAUGUUAUCCCAUAUAUUCAGACUCCACUUUUCGUAAUCAACUCAAUUUAUGACUCCUGGCAGAUUAAUAACACUUUGGUUCCUCCGUACCUUGAUACUCAACAUGCUUGGAAGGGUUGCAUCAAGAGCAUAGGUAGUUGUACAUCUAGCCAACUUAUAAUUAUCCAAGCCUUUGGAGUGGAGUUUUUGAAGACAUUCGAGGGACUACCCCCUUGUUUUACAAGAGGUUAUUUCCUCACGUCUUGCUAUUCUCAUGGGGGAAUCCGUUUAACGUCACACUGGUUCAAUACUAGCUCUCCAAGGUUAUUUAAUAAGACAAUUGCGGAAGCUGUUGCGGAUUGGUAUUUUGAGAGAGCAGAAAUUCAAUAUAUAGACCCCUACCCUUGUGUUAGAAAUUGCACUCAAUAA